UCGACCAAUGGAGUCGGGAGGCAUAGGCGGGUCUUCAGCAAGACCCGCCCUCCGCAUAGUCUUCGAUCGAUGGAGAGUGGAAGAAAAAUAUUGCAUUGUGAAAAUGAAGUUUUUUUCAAGAAUCCAUCCUAAUGCCCUGGCAUAUUCCAUGACCACAUUAGGUGCUGGAAUGAUGAACAGCAUAUUUAAUUUCUACUACGUUAAACUGUUUUUAAACCAGUACAAGAUCUCCGAAGGUGCAUUCCAUCAAGCACAGGUUGUCUUUAUGAUCUGGAAUGCCAUCAACGACCCUCUCUUUGGCUAUAUUCAAGAUAAUUCCAGAGUCCCGUGCUGUUCUAGACGUCAGGCUUCCAUUUUCUAUGGGGCUCCAUUGUAUGCUCUGGCUUUUCUGCUGCCCUGGUUUCCAUGGAAACAAUAUCAAGAAGGCGACUGGCUUAGUGGGCUUCACCUUGUUGUUGCUCUGUGCGCUUUUGAUGGCAUGCUGACGUUUGUCUUACUGGCACAGUGUGCGCUCUUUGCAGAAACGUCCACAAGACAUGAGAGCAGACUUCAACUCAUCAAGUACAACCAAGUGGCCACGUUAGUUGGGUCCACCAGCAUCCUCUUCUGUGGCUUGAUAUCCAACAACAUGGAGAACUUUGCCUACUUUCAAGUCUUUGUGGUUCUAGUUGGAGCAAUAGCAACUGCGUGCAUGUGCUACACGGGAAUCUAUAGCACUACUCAGUAUGAGCAAAGGGAAAGUCUCGUGGAAGGAUGUGAUCUAGAAUGCACCCAGAAGGUCUUCUCAUGGUCCUCUGUGAUUUUGUUGACCAAACAGAUCCUGGCUCAGAGAAAUUUUUUGCUUUUUGUGACAAUGAACUUCUUUCAAGUCUUCCAUUCAGCUUUCUGCAGCAAUUUCAUGAUGAUCUUUGCAGACAACCUCAUCCCCAAAGACGUUCUUUCCUCCUCCAUCCGAAGUAUCAUGUACGGGGCAGGUUUUAUUUGUCCUCAGUGCCUUGUGCUAAUCAGUCAAUCUCUGUUGAAGAAAUUUGGUUACUAUAAGGUUGUCCUGUUUUCCUUUUAUUUGGAAGCAAUAGCUGCAGUGUUCAUGUUUCUUCUAGGCCCAGAACAUUACUACCUGUUGGCUAUUUAUCUCACAGUGAACAUGGUAAUUGUUCAAGCUUCUUUCAGCCUGUUUAAUUUGCCUUUGGCUGAUAUUGUUGAUGCAGAUUUAAAGAAACAUAAACGGAAAUCACCACUCUCCUCCAUGGUUUUUGGAACAAAUGCCUUAUUUACCAAGCCUGCCCAGUCUUUAGCACCCAUGUUUGUGGUUACUGUACUCAAUCAGUUUGGAUAUGCAAAUCUGAAUAGUAAACUGGCUCAGCCUGAUCCAAAUUUGUUCCUAGGUCUUCAUGAUGCCAUGUUCUACAUGAUCUGCCUUGUUCCCCUUGGCAUUGCUGCAAUACAGAUUGUGGCAUGGACACCAUUCUCCAUCCAGAAUAGUCACCUGACACCUGUACACACUGAGUUGUGAAUGUGUGUAAAUGGGGGACAUGCCCAUUCCAUUUGACCCGCUAGUCAGUUUUCAACUCUGAACAGGACAACUGGCUUGCCUUGACUCUUUAGACUAGUGCAUCACCUGCCACCUGAGUCAUUAUUAUUAUUUUACACCUGCUGACCCUCUCACUGAGGGUUUACAUCUGCAAACUCCUUACAACAAAGCAAGGAUUUUUCUAGUUCAGCAGUCAUAACAGGUACUUGGACAGAUGUCCUGUAGAUCUACUGAGUAGCGAUGUGGCACCUGAGUGAAUUCUGCAGACCAAAGUUGUUCUUCUUAGAGGAAGACCCAUAACUUCAAACAUGGGGGUUAACUCCCUCCUUCAGAAAUGGUAAACAGCGACCCUUUUCAGCCAUUAAGAUCAUCCGUGCGUAAGGACCCAUUCCUUGGGAAGGAGGAUUGGAAAACCCAGGUUUUUGAGGGUACCAGAUUGUGUGUAUUAUCUGGCAUUGGUAUGCAUAGUGCCCUGGAAACAGUCUAUAUUGAGAAGAUUGUGCUAUCUGUGAUCUUUACUAUUGCAUGGUUUAUCAUAACUUAAAAGAAUUUACAACCCUGUAUGCAAAAAGAGGGUUAUAGGGAUUUUUUUAACAGACAACAGAAAAUGUACACUGGGUUUCUGUGUAACUGGCAUUACAUCUGCAAAACCUAAUUUCCCUAAAUGAGAAAGUUGAGGAAUCCUAGUAGAGGAGAACAGAGUGUAAAUAUGGGUUAUUGUCCUGAGAUCCAUGGUAGCAAUUUGCAUGGGAACGUGAGGCCUCUGGGACUGAUUUAACAUGGAAAGAAAAGAUAUUUGGGUGUUUAAAAAAUCCUAUACAGAAAAAAAGGGUUUUUACUCUAGGAAAUUGGGGUUGGUGGAGAUAUAGAAAUAUAGCUGUAGAAAUACAGAUUUCCUGGCUGCUUGAUCCCACACAAACAGGGAUAGGCAAGUGUAUAAAUUACAUUGUUGAUGCUUCCACUUUUUUCAUUACUGUCUUUGACAUCAAGUGUCCUUGGUCUUCCUUCAAACAGCUGAAUACAUUUUGGAGCUAUCCUGUUCAGGCUCUUUUUGCCAGUUCUUGACUUUUGAACUGACUUUACGAUGAAUGAAAAACAAGUCCUACCUUAUACAUCACAAUGUCUAAAUUAUACUAGAAUAAAUCCUAUCAUUAUGUCUUUUAAUACAAUAUAAAGCACUGCUGUAUUUCUUUUAACAAUUUAUUAAAUACAAUUCUUAGCAAUAGAUUUGAAGGAGAAACUGAC